GAAUAAAUACCAGGUCAUCGUAUUUCUGCCGACUUCCGCCAAGCACCCUCGACCUACUGCCGGCAAUUGCCGCUUGGCAAUUCACUAGCAGAAUGCCGCCAUUCUGCCAACACUAAGCUGCGGAUUGGGUUGCGGGUUGGGCCACGGGUUGACACGUACCCCUGCGAUGAUGCUCUAACCGGGUGGGUACGGGUACGCCUCUGGAACAUUUGGUACCAAGCGGGUUGGGUGCAGGUAUGAACCGGGUCGACCCAUGUCACGCCCUAUGAAAAGGAAGAUCGAAACGUCCUUUAUCAGUACUUCCUCUGUUCCUUCCUCGAACACACUGAACCUUCAACUUUCGUUUCCGAGCCAUAACCUUGGAUCCAAAAACAUCCUUAGGCCGUGGUUCACAUAUUUGUUUUCAGAACUCAUUAUGCAGAUGACGACGAUCAGUGAAGGUCAUACGGUUUCGCACCAUCCCACAAUUGGCCCUCAUCACAAAUUUAAAGAGAGUGACAAACACAAUGAAAUGCAAGUGGGGUCCUCUGCAAGUGAUUCAAGAGCAGCCUCUGUCUUUGACCUGAAAGCCCAAACGAAGCCUCAGCGGCUGCGCGCGCGAGUGCAAUUUGCAACAGUUUGUGGGGCGAUGUAUCUAGCUGGAUGGAAUGAUGGGACGACUGGUCCAUUGCUCCCCCGGAUACAGAAAGUGUAUGACCUGAAUUUUGCUGUCGUAUCCCUGAUAUUCGUGUUCGCAUGUGUUGGCUUCCUAUCUGGAGCGUUUGCAAACCUUUAUCUAGAUGGGAGAUUCGGUUUUGGGAAGGUGAUCGUGAUAGGAUCUGCGUGUCAAGUUAUAGCGUACGCCAUAGAGGCAGCUGCUUUGCCAUUUCCUGCAUUUGUGCUAGGUUACGUUAUCAAUGGCUUUGGAAUGGCUCUACAGGACGCACAAUCGAAUGGUUUUGUAGCCAGUCUCAAGGAUAACCCCGAGGUGAAAAUGGGGAUCCUCCAUGCGGUAUACGGUGGUGGUGCUUUGUCGUCCCCUUUGGUAGCAACGCAAUUUGCCCAGCUUCCGCAUUGGUCAUUUCACUACCUGUGCAGCCUUGGUGUUGCGUUCAUAAACACUGUAUUGUUGAUUGCAGUCUUUGGGCUGAAAACACAGGAUGAGUGCCUCGCUCAGAUUGGACAACCACCAGGGGAAAAGGGGACAAGUGAGAAGAGCCAGUUUAGCCAGAUAUUGCGGCUCAGAGCAGUGCACAUCCUCGCCUUCUUCAUUUUGACAUUGGUAGGAGUGGAGGUCACUGUGGGUGGGUGGAUGGUGACGUACAUAAUCGACGUGCGCGGAGGAGGUCCAAGUUCGGGAUAUAUAUCAUCAGGGUUUUGGGGAGGUCUCAUGGUUGGCCGUGUCACUCUUCUGUGGGUAAACAAAAAGGCAAGUUCCUAUCCCGUUUAUGGCAUGCAACAUAGAUACCAAAGAUUACAGGUUGGGGAACGUCGUGUUUUGUUCAUUUAUGCUAUCCUCGCAAUUGGGCUACAACUAGUAGUAUGGCUGGUGCCUUCGCUCAUCGGUGGAGGCGUUGCGGUCUCCCUAAUUGGAGUAAUUUUGGGGCCGAUGUAUCCCAUCGCUAUGAAUCACACAGUACGAAUCCUCCCUGAAUGGCUCAGUCACAGGGUCUAUUGGUUGGAUAGCAGGCUUCGGGCAGGCAGGUUCUGCGCUCUUGCCAUUCUUAACCGGUGCCAUUGCAUCGAAGACGGGAAUCAAGAGUUUGCAGCCAUUUCUCGUUUCGAUGAUGGCAUUCCUGACCGUCUUAUGGGCUCUGGUGCCGACAACUGCUAGGGGAACUAAAUGAUAUAUGCUCGAUCAGCUGUGUCUUGUGGAUGGUUUGGCAUGUGGUAGUAGAUUCAUUUAAUGACCUCGUUAUGACACCCCUCAGGCUAAGUAUCAGUGAAUUCGUGCAAGUUUUGCCCAAUGUUCACAAAACGUAA